UGAAUUCCAUAUCAAUCCUUUCAGCCUUUAUGGCUCAUUGAAUGUUUCAGAGUCUUUUAAAAUAGUGAUCUUUUGGCUUCUGCUGCCGCCAUGUCUUUUGGCAAGAGUCUUCUUAGCAGUUGAAGCUUUCGCUAUGAAAGCUUAGGCAAGCCUAAGAUAAAUUAUGUGAUGGGUUUUGUUUGUUGUUUAAUAUUUAAUAGCUUCACAGGAAGACGUAGGAUGCAAUUGAAAAGUACUGAUUUCAGUUGAAAAUAGUUGCCAUUUUGAUGAGGCUACACACAGUUUCAAACUGACCACUAAUGCCCUUCUUUUUUGAAGCUUUACUGGUCAGUUUAACUUUAAAUGCACAUGAAAAUGUUGCCAUGGUUGAAAUUGUAUUUAUAGCGUCUAUUUAUUCUUGGUAUCACUGUAGAUUGAUAAUUAUCGGAAAAUCCAAUUUUCUAAAGACCGUCCUAUUCGUCUUUUUUUUUGUUUGAAAAACGCUACAAACUACGUAUGUUCGAGAAACUGUACGUUUCUCUCAAUGUUUAAAAAGAAAUUGAUCAAUCUCUUGGCAGUUUUACGAUCUAUUGGUUUAUAUAUAUUUUUUCAUCAUAGAUCAUGAAAUACUGGGUUAUAAUUUUAUAUUUUAUUGGAAAAUUCAUUUUCGCCAAUUCAAAUGUCAAAUGUCCAAAAAAUUCAAUUGAAAAAGAACUUGAAUGUGCCAUCAAAUGUUGCUCUUCAUUCGUGAGAUUUAAUUUCAUUGCUAUCGGAUUGAUAUCUUUUAUUGUAAUCUCAAUUCUUUUUUCCUUCUUCUGCUGGCUUUAUCGCUGUUGUAUUCCGCAACGUUAUGACAGUGUGCAGUACAGAUACCAACAACAUGUCAACAGUUAAGAAGUGCUAAGAUUUCUUGAAAAUGAUACACACUUUUCAAACACACUUUUAAUUCCAAUCAUGUCUCUUGCUGUGUAGGUUGUGAAAGAUAAAACAACAAACAAUCCCACACACACUUUAAAAUCACCCACCCCCACCCACAUUUGACCACGGACUUGUUCCAAUCGGUCAAUAAUUAGUUUAUUCCUCCCCACUACAUAUUCAAUCGUUUGUUUGAUAUAUAGAUUUUUGUUUGUAAUUGAUUGUUUUCUGAAAUUUUUAAUAAUUGAGAAGAAAUAAAUAAAUGAACAAAAUAAAA